AUGGACGGGUCGCGGGACAUCGGCAGCUUUGUGGUGUGGGACUACGUGGUGUUCGCAGGCAUGCUGCUCAUCUCGGCUGCCAUCGGCAUCUAUUACGCCUUCGCCGGGGGCGGCCAGCAGACCUCCAAGGACUUUCUGAUGGGCGGCCGCAGCUUGACCGCUGUGCCGGUGGCCCUGUCCCUCACCGCCAGCUUCAUGUCCGCCGUCACUGUUCUGGGCACCCCCGCCGAGGUCUACCGUUUCGGGGCGAUGUUCAGUAUCUUUGGCAUCACCUACUUUCUUGUGGUGUUUGUCAGCGCGGAGGUCUUCCUUCCGGUGUUCUACAGGUUGGGGAUCACCAGCACCUACGAGUAUUUGGAACUCCGUUUUAAUCGGUUCAUUCGUCUCUGUGGCACAGUCCUCUUCAUUGUUCAAACAAUUCUGUAUACUGGAAUUGUUAUCUAUGCCCCUGCUCUGGCUUUGAAUCAAGUUACAGGAUUUGAUCUGUGGGGCGCAGUGGUGGCAACUGGGGUGGUCUGCACAUUCUACUGCACACUGGGUGGUCUUAAGGCAGUUGUCUGGACAGAUGUUUUUCAAGUUGGGAUCAUGGUGGCUGGAUUUGCAUCAGUGAUUAUCCAGGCUUCGAUAACUCAAGGUGGCAUCAAUGUGAUUUUAAGUGAUGCUUCUAAUGGUGGAAGAUUAAACUUCUGGAAUUUUAAUCCUAACCCUUUGCAAAGACACUCAUUCUGGACAAUCAUCAUCGGGGGCACUUUCACAUGGACCAGCAUCUAUGGUGUCAAUCAGUCCCAAGUGCAGAGAUACAUUUCCUGUAAAAGCAGACUCCAGGCCAAACUGUCGCUCUACAUCAACCUUGUGGGCCUCUGGAUCAUCCUCACCUGCUCUGUGUUCUGUGGCCUCGCCCUGUACUCCAGAUACCAUGACUGUGACCCUUGGACAUCCAAGAAAGUGUCAGAAGUUGACCAGCUUAUGCCUUAUAUGGUACUGGACAUUUUGAGAAAUUACCCUGGAGUUCCCGGACUGUUUGUGGCCUGUGCUUACAGUGGGACAUUAAGCACUGUGUCCUCCAGCAUCAAUGCCCUGGCAGCGGUGACUGUGGAAGAUCUCAUUAAACCUCGCUUCAGGUCACUCUCGGAGAAGUCCCUGUCUUGGAUUUCCCAAGGAAUGAGUGUGCUGUACGGAGCUCUGUGCAUUGGAAUGGCUGCCUUGGCAUCCCUGAUGGGAGCCUUGUUACAGGCAGCACUCAGCAUAUUUGGCAUGGUUGGUGGACCACUUCUGGGCUUGUUUUCUUUGGGCAUCUUGGUACCCUUUGCCAACUCUGUUGGAGCAUUCGCUGGUCUUUUGGCUGGAUUUGUCUUUUCUUUAUGGGUAGGAAUUGGAGCUCAGCUUUAUCCUCCACUUCCUGAGAGAACCUUACCAUUGUCCCUUGAUACCCAUGGCUGUAACAGCACACACAAUGGGUCAGACUGGAUGUCAACCACAGAAAUGCCGUUUUCUACCAGUGCUUUCCAAAUACACAAUGUGGAAAGGACUGCAUUGAUGGACAAUUUGUAUUCAUUAUCAUAUCUGUACUUCAGUACUGUUGGAACAGUGGCAACAUUGUUUGUGGGGAUACUUAUUAGUUUAUCAACAGGGGGAAGAAAACAGAACUUAGACCCCCAAUUCUUAUUAACCAAGCAGGACUUUUUAUCAAAUUUUGAUGCUUUUAAGAAAAAGAAUCAGGUUUUAAGCUAUAAAUUGCAUCCUGUGGAAGAUGGUGGAACUGAUAACCCUGCCUUCAACCACGUGGAGCUGAACUUCACAGAUCACAGCAGCAAGACCAAUGGGACUCGCUUGUGA